AUGUCUUUUGUUCGCCCCAUUGCACAAAUCGUCCAUCUUAAGCCCUCGGCCGUGGCUGCGUACAAAGACAUCGCCAUGGGACGAUUUUCUAAUCAUACUUCGACUCAGACUCUAUCUUUUUCGACAAUGAUCGCACGCUUUCCGCAACUUUCAAAUAUAUCAGCGCAGACUUCGAGGGGCCCAUGGAAAAAAAAAAAAGCAUGCGAACCCAAAAUUGAGAGAAUGGUGGGCCAUGACAGACGGAAUGCAAGUGCGUAUGCUGUGUCUUCUACUAAUGAAUCUGCGGCGAAGGAGAACCCAAUCCCGGGAGCUGCGGGUAGUGCCGAUGGCCCUGGGUGGUAG